UUUACUGACCCCUCAUCGGAUAGAUGAAAUGGAUCUGGACGCAGUGAAGCGUUCACUCGAGCCUGCGAGCGGCGGCGAAACUCUCAGCCGCGCGAGGUUCUUCGAGACCUUCGUCCUCUACGGCCUCAGUAUCGAUCUCAUCGAGCACGGCCAUGUAAUCUGCUCAAUGAAAGUGCCGCCACGUCUUCUUAACUCUAGCGGGUUAUUGCACGGCGGAUUGAUGGUGGCGCUGGUGGAUGUGGUUGGUUCUGCAGUGUUCUACAGUGCUGGACUUCCUACAAGUGGCGUCUCCCUUGAGAUCAGCAUAUCCUAUGUGGACGCGGCCUAUAUCAAUGAUGAGAUUGAAUUUGAUGCUAAGAUUUUGAAGACCGGGAAAACCGUAAUUGUCUCAACUGUAGAAAUAAGGAAGAAGAAGACUGGAAAGAUUGUUGCUCAAGCUCGCCAUGCCAAAUAUGCUGUUGCUUCCAGCAAAUUAUGAAGUCUUGACUGAAGCAUCUCACAAAACAAAGACAUGGUAUGGAAUUAUUAUUAUAAUUAUGUUAUUUUAUAUAGAUUUCUCUCAAAUUUAAAUUAUCUAAACCAGAUAAAUAAUUGGAUAUUUUGUGCAUUUUUAUUUAUGAGGAUUUACCUACAUGCCACUCAAUUCCUAUGUAUUU